AUGACCAGAGACAUUCAGAACCAUCUCCUUUUCGAGGUGGCCACAGAAGUCGCCCACAAAGUUGGUGGCAUUUACUCUGUUCUCAAGUCCAAAGCCCCCAUCACCGUUUCCGAAUACAAGGAGCGCUACACCUUAAUUGGUCCAUUGCACCAUGAAAGUGCCCAGAUUGAGGUGGAGGAAAUCCCCUUGAACGACCCACACGUUAAAGCAGCUUUAGAUGCCAUGAGCGAACGUGGUAUCAAGUGGUUGUACGGAAGAUGGUUGAUUGAAGGUGCCCCCCGUGUUUUGCUUUUCGAUAUUCAUUCUGCUGACUACAUGCUCAAUGAAUGGAAAGCUGACUUGUGGAACAUUGCUGGCAUUCCAACUCCUGAUCAUGACCAUGAAUCCAACGAAGCUAUUCUCUUGGGUUACAUUGUGGCCUGGUUCUUGGGCGAGUUGGUCUACGUUGAUCGCGAGCGUGCAGUGAUUUGCCAUUGUCACGAGUGGUUGGCUGGUGUGGCCUUGCCGCUUUGCAGAAAACGGAGAAUUGAUGUCACAACCAUCUUCACCACCCACGCAACAUUGCUUGGGCGGUACUUGUGUGCGGGAUCUACUGACUUUUACAAUAAUUUGAAGUACUUUGACGUGGACGCCGAAGCAGGCAAGAGAGGAAUUUAUCACCGCUACUGUAUUGAGAGGUCUGCGACCCACUCUGCAGAUGUGUUUACUACAGUGUCUCAUAUAACUGCUUACGAGUCAGAGCAUUUGUUGAAGAGAAAACCGGACGGUGUUUUGCCUAAUGGUUUGAAUGUUGUCAAGUUUUCUGCCGUGCAUGAGUUCCAAAACUUGCAUGCGCUUCUGAAGGACAAAAUCAACGAGUUUGUGAGAGGCCACUUCUAUGGAAACUACGACUUCGAAUUAGACAACACUCUCUAUUUCUUCAUUGCAGGCAGAUAUGAAUUUAGAAACAAGGGUGCAGAUUUCUUUAUCGAAUCCUUAGCAAGGUUGAACCACAGAUUGAAGCAAUCUAACUCGAAAAUGACGGUCGUUGCAUUUAUAAUCAUGCCAGGAAAAAUCAAUUCUUACACCGUGGAAACAUUGAAAGGCCAAGCGGUGUUGAAACAGUUGGAAAACUCGAUUUCUGAGGUGCAAAAGAAGAUUGGUGAACGUUUGUUUGAGCAUUGCGCACGAUUCCCAAACAAAAGCAAUGUCCAUAACACCAAUGGUAGCGAGGUCCCAUCUAUUGAUGACUUGAUCAAACCAGCUGACCGUGUUUUGUUGAAGAGAAGAAUUUUCGCUUUGAAAAGAGAUGGGUUGCCUCCGAUUGUUACUCACAAUAUGACCAACGAUGCCACCGAUCCGGUUUUGACUCACAUUAGACGCGUACAGUUGUUUAACAAGCCGGAGGAUAGAGUCAAGAUUAUAUUCCAUCCAGAGUUUCUCAAUUCUAACAAUCCUAUUUUGCCUUUAGAUUACGAGGAAUUUGUGAGAGGAUGCCAUUUGGGUGUCUUUCCAUCGUACUAUGAACCAUGGGGUUAUACCCCAGCUGAAUGUACAGUGAUGGGCGUACCUUCGAUUACAACUAACUUAUCUGGCUUUGGUUGUUACAUGGAGGAUUUAAUCGAAAACACCAGUGACUAUGGAAUUUACAUCGUUGAUAGAAGAGAAAAAUCUGUUGAUGAAUCAAUCAAUCAGUUAGUUGAUUAUAUGUUUGAUUUUACCCAAAAGACGAGAAGACAAAGAAUUAACCAGAGAAAUAGAACAGAAAGGUUAUCUGAUUUGUUGGAUUGGAAGAGAAUGGGCCUUGAAUACAUUAAGGCUAGGCAAUUGUCGUUGAAGAGAGCUUAUCCAGAUAGAUUUAAGAAUGGAGCAAAUCCUUUCCAAAACUCUCUGAACUUGAAAUUGACAAGACCAUUGUCUGUUCCCGGAUCUCCAAGAGGAAGAGUUGGUUUGAUGACUCCUGGUGACUUGGGAUCUUUACAAGAGGCUGCCCAAGGAUUGAAUACCGAAGAUUACCAAGGUUUCAAACUAGGCGAGGCCGAUGAUGAUGAUGAAGAAAGUCAUUAUCCGUUGACCUUACGUGGUACUUCUGCUCCUCCUCAAGACGCAUAA